AAACCGCCAGCCCAAUAACAUUUGGCCCGACAGCUGGUGGAACAAUUCGCCAAAGUGGUCUGUCUCUUAAAAGACUUAUGAGAUGGGCGAGUACUCAGUUACACGUCUUAUCAUCAAGUCUGUCCUAUCAUCAGCCCUCAUUCAGCUGCCUUUUCUCAUGAAGAAUCCUCAUCCCAUGCGGCAAAGCGAAACAUGACAUUACUCCUCAGACGAGUACCUGAAGUCACUGCCGGGUCUUCGACAGCGGCAAGUCUCGAGAAUCGACAUAUCUCGGAACAAAUAGGGCUACAAAAUGGCAAGAGCAGCGCAUUGGAAUCACCCAUUACGUUGAGGUCGCAAACCAAGAGUGAUCAUACGUCGGGGCAGAGCGCCCCGUUUGACGACGUGCCAAUGACCCCAAGCAAGGGAAAAACUACAGAACAUUCAAAACUAGAGCCGCUUACAAAGCGAGAAAGUAGAUUCGCGUCCCUAUUCAUCGCACUACUAGCGGUAAGCCCUAUGGCUAUCGAAUACGAUGCGGCCGAUCAGCAGACCAUAGAGGUAGCGCAGAACGCAUCUGUAAGCGCGACACAAUCGGAAUCUCCCAAGAAGAUAGAUGAUUCACCCGAAAGCAGAGUCAGGCGGUCUGAGAUUCGUAAGACCCAGUGGAAUCGGUUCAAGUACGAAAUGAAACUCAAGAUGAGGAUUACGGGCAGAAGGAAGGCAAGGGAUCGGUGGAAGUGGACACAGGCGGAGGACAUAGAGUUGGAGGUUUUAAGGUCAGAGGAGCGACACAUCUAUACGGAUAUGCCGAGGCAGCACAGCAGCUGAAGUCAAUGGCGUAUAGGUUGCGCCUCAGGCGCGACUCUUUGAGC